CAACACCAUCUGGCUUCGCCUUGGGCUGUCGCCACCGGUCUUGAGGCCAUGUCUAGACCCAGUAGCGUCUCCCCACGACAGGCCGGUGGGUGUUCGGGUACCCCCACUCCGGCCGGCCCUGCUGCGGGCCGCGGCCGACGCAAGAGGCUGAAGGAUAUCCGCGUUGACGAGGAGGUGGAGAUCGCGGUGAACCUCGCCCUGGAGCGGUUCCGGUACGGAGAGGAGAAAGAAAUGGAAUUUCCUUCUUCUUUCACUAGUACUGAAAGAGCAUUUGUUCACCGUCUCUGUCAGUCUCUUGGGCUGAUAUCUAAAAGUAAAGGAAAAGGAGCAAAUCGAUACCUGACUGUGAAGAAGAAGGAUGGCUCAGAACUAACACAUGCAAUAAUGACUUGUGUCUUGGCUCCCAGUACAAAACAUGCUGUUCAGAAUUUAAUUCAGAGAUUUCCUGUAACAAAUAAAGAGCGAACAGAACUUCUGCCAAAGACAGAGCGAGGAAGUGUGUGUGCUGUUGAAUCUGAAAACAGAGAAGUGAACAAGACAAGUGGACGACUUAACAAUGGUAUACCCCAGGUUCCACUGAAAAGAGGGGAAUCGGAGUUUGAUUCCUUCAGGCAAUCCCUACCAGUUUUUGAAAAACAGGAAGAAAUUGUCAAAAUAAUAAAGGACAAUAAAGUUGUUUUGAUUGUAGGAGAGACUGGAUCAGGAAAAACUACUCAAAUACCUCAGUUCCUUCUUGAUGACUGUUACAAAACUGGAACUCCUUGCCGUAUAUUUUGCACUCAGCCAAGACGCUUGGCAGCAGUUGCUGUGGCUGAAAGAGUGGCAGCAGAAAGAAGAGAAAAGAUUGGCCAGACAAUUGGUUAUCAGAUCCGAUUAGAAAGCAGGGUUUCUCCAAAGACACUGUUAACGUUUUGCACUAAUGGCGUACUACUUCGCACCCUGAUGGCAGGAGACAGCACUCUAUCAACUGUGACACAUGUUAUUGUGGAUGAAGUACAUGAGAGGGAUAGGUUCAGUGACUUCUUGUUAAUAAAACUGAGAGAUGUGUUGCAAAAGCACACUAAUUUAAAACUAAUUAUUUCUAGUGCUGCUCUAGAUGCAAAUCUCUUUAUUAGGUAUUUUGGAAGUUGCCCAGUAAUACACAUACAAGGAAGACCUUUUGAAGUUAAAGAGAUGUUUUUGGAGGACAUUUUACGAAGCACUGGGUAUACAAACAAAGAGAUGGUAAAGUACAAAAAAGAGAAGCAGCGAGAGGAGAAACAGCAAAGCAGUCUUACUGAGUGGUGCUCUGCUCAGGAAAAUAAUAGCAAAGUGGAAUCUCAAAGACAAAGAUCUGUCCCAAGUGCAACUGAGGAGUAUAAUCUGUUGGAUGAUGGUGGUGACACAGUAUUUAAUCAACUGGCUGAGAAAGAUGUGAAUUGCCUUGAGCCAUGGCUAAUAAAAGAAAUGGAUUCUUGUCUUUCUGAUAUCUGGUUGAAUAAAGAUGUUGAUUCCUUUGCUCAGGUGUUCCACCUCAUUUUAACUGAAAAUGUCAGUGUUGAUUAUAGGCACAGUGAAACCAGUGCAACUGCGCUAAUGAUUGCCUCAGGGAGAGGCUUUCUGAGUCAAGUAGAACAACUGAUAAGUAUGGGAGCAAGUAUCCACUGCAAAUCAUCCAAUGGCUGGGUGGCGUUGGACUGGGCUAAACGCUUUGGGCAGACUGAAGUUGUUGACCUUUUAGAGUCCUACUGUGCUUCAGUGGAAUCUGGAAAUCUGGAUGAAAGUUCCCUGGUCCAAACAAGUGGUAGUGACCUGGAUGCAGAGGACAGAGAACUGUUGAAAGCUUAUCAUCACAGUUUUGAUGAUGAAAAGGUGGAUCUGGACCUGAUUAUGCACUUACUUCAUAACAUCUGUAGUAGUUGUGAUGCUGGAGCGAUUUUAAUAUUUCUUCCGGGAUACGAUGAGAUAGUUAGCCUGAGGGACCGUAUUCUUUUUGAUGACAAGAGGUUUGCUGAUAAUGCUCACAGAUACCAAGUUUUCAUGCUUCAUUCAAAUAUGCAGACUUUGGAUCAGAAGAAGGUGCUUAAAAGUCCACCUUCUGGCAUCCGCAAAAUAAUUCUUUCCACUAAUAUUGCAGAAACCAGCAUAACAGUCAAUGAUGUUGUAUUUGUUAUUGACUCGGGGAAAGUGAAAGAGAAGUCUUUUGAUGCACUGAGCUGUGUUACAAUGCUGAAAAUGGUGUGGAUUUCAAAGGCCAGUGCUAUCCAGAGAAAAGGCAGGGCUGGGCGCUGUCAGCCUGGAGUCUGUUUUCGUCUCUUCAGCAGGCUUCGAUUUCAGAGUAUGUUGGAAUUUCAGACUCCAGAACUUCUAAGAGUGCCACUUCAGGAGCUUUGUUUACACACAAAACUUCUGGCUCCAAUUAAUUGUCCAAUUGUUGACUUUCUUAUGAAAGCUCCUGAUCCUCCACCAGCUUUAAUUGUGAGAAAUGCUGUGCAAAUACUGAAGAGAAUAGAUGCCAUGGACCCUUGGGAAUAUCUCACUGAACUUGGCUAUCAUCUCACUGAAUUACCAGUAGAGCCACACCUUGGUAAAAUGGUGUUAUGUGCUGUUGUUUUGAAGUGCCUGGAUCCUGUUCUUACUAUUGCUUGCACUCUUGCAUAUCGAGACCCUUUUGUCCUACCCGCACUGGCCUCUCAAAAGCGUGCAGCCAUGCUGUGUAGAAAACGUUUUACUGCAGGAACAUUUAGUGACCAUAUGGCGCUUCUCAGGGCUUUCCAGGCAUGGCAGAAGGCGCGCAGUGAUGGCUGGGAGAGAGCCUUCUGUGAAAAGAACUUCUUGUCUCAAGCCACAAUGGAAAUCAUUGUAGGAAUGAGAAGUCAGUUGCUUGGCCAGCUUAGAGCUUCAGGUUUUGUUAGAGCCAGGGGAGGAGCUGAUAUCAGAGAUGUUAAUACUAACUCUGAAAACUGGGCUGUAGUUAAAGCUGCCUUAGUGGCUGGGAUGUAUCCCAAUCUAGUUCAUGUAGACAGAGAAAGCCUUGUUUUGACUGGACCAAAGGAGAAGAAAGUGCGAUUUCAUCCUACAUCUGUUCUUAGUCAGCCUCAGUAUAAAAAGAUUCCCCCUGCAAAUGGGCAAGCUGCAGCCAUUCAGGCACUCCCUACAGACUGGCUUAUAUUUGAUGAAAUGACGAGAGCUCAUAGGAUUGCAAAUAUCAGAUGCUGUUCUGUUGUAACACCUGUCACUGUGUCACUCUUCUGUGGACCAGCUAGAUUGCCAAGCAAUGCUUUGCAGGAGCCUUCAUCCUUUCAAGGUAUAAUGGAGUUUGGAUUUGAAAUGUUUCAGUUGUUAUAUAUUAGCAUGUGAUAUGGAAGGCUUAUUUUUCAAGAAUAUUUAAUACAUAUAUUACCAAAUUCUUAAAAUGACAGAGCUGUAGUACCUGUAGCUGUGCAAGAAUAGUUUAUAAGUUCUGUAAUAGAUGUCUCAGUUUUGUGAAUCCUUGUAGAUUCAUAUUCAUAAAUUACACUUACACGGCUGUGGAGUUUCUGAAAUUACAGUACAGUUUGUAGCGGAAUAAAAAAACGGAGACAAAAUGUUUAAUGACAAAAGUAAUGUUGAAAAGUGUAGUAUAUAUGGGGUUUUUCUGCAGACUAGUUUAUUUGAUAUUUUGAACCACAUUGUUCAAACUGAAUAAUAAUGUGGAAACUGUUAAUAUGGUAAAUAUUCAUAUUAGUUCCAGC